UGUCAAUGACAUUUCUUUAUCUUUCCGCACACAAUUCUCUCAUUCUUUUGUUACACGCGUCCAUAACCAAAAAUUGUAUUCACUUUCCAAACCAAAGAAAUUAUUUCCUUUUAAUAUCUUUCAUAGAAAUUAAAAUCAAAUUCAACAAUAAUAUUUCAUCAUUUUCACAAAUUCUAUUAAAUUCAACCUUAAUUUUGACCCAAAUUAAUAAAAAAAUAAUUAAUUUAAUUCCUCUAUGAACAAAAUCCUUUCAACAAGGGGGAUUCGUAGGUUAUCCCAACCCAUAACCAGAGCUUCAUCCUCCUCCUUAGACGACCAAAAACUGUUAUACCAACUUAUAUGGAAAAAUGAAAUCCUUGAUCCAAAUUCAAACAUUGUAACAAGAUGGAAUUACAUUUUCUUAUUAAUUUGUGUAAUUGCACUUUUUAUUGAUCCUUUAUAUUUUUUACUUCCAUCUGUUGGGUCAGAUCAUGCAUGUCUUACAGCAGAUCAUUGCCUUCUUACAUCUCUUACAAUAUUUCGUAGUUUUGCAGAUCUCUUCUAUAUUUUACACAUUGUCAUUAAAUUUAGAACGGCAUUCGUUUCACGGAGAUCUAGGGUUUUUGGAAGAGGUGAAUUGGUUAGGGAUCCUUAUGAGAUUGCUUGGAAGUAUAUUAAGUCUGAUUUUGUUAUUGAUUUUGCGGCUACCUUGCCUCUUCCUCAGAUAAUGAAUUGGUUCAUUAUACCAAAUAUGAAGAGAACGAUAGCAGAUCAAACAAAUUAUACUCUGUCACUCAUAGUCUUAAUUCAAUAUGUUCCUAGAUUUUUUCUUAUGUUCCCUUUGAAUAAGAGAAUCAUUAAGACUACUGGAGUUGUUGCUAAGACAGCUUGGUCUGGAGCAGCAUAUAACCUUCUCCUCUACAUGUUAGCUAGUCAUGUUUUGGGAUCAAUUUGGUAUACAGCAGCAAUUACUCGGCAGUACUCAUGUUGGAGAUCUCAAUGUAAUGAAGAGAAAAAACGAUUUCCAGCUUGCCUACCCAAGUAUUUAGAUUGUUCAACAAUAGCAGAUGUUGAUAGACAAUAUUGGUUAAAUAAUACAAACCUUGUUAUUAAUUGUGAUCCAAGAAAUGAUGAUGCUUCUUUCAAAUUUGGGAUGUUUGCUGAAGCCUUUACUAGUGGUGUUGGCUCCUCCAAAUUUGUCAGGAAAUAUCUUUAUUGUCUAUGGUUUGGCCUCAAGAAUUUAAGCUCUUAUGGACAAAAUUUGGAAACUACAACAUUUAUAGGGGAGACAGUAUUUGCAAUUUGUGUGUGUAUUGGAGGAUUAUUCUUGUUUUGCCUCUUGAUUGGGAAUAUGCAGACAUAUCUACAAUCAUUGACGAUACGCGUAGAGGAAUGGCGUAUAAAAAGAAGAGACACAGAAGAGUGGAUGAGACACCGACAAUUGCCAGUAUGUUUGCAAAAAAGAGUAGGAAGAUUCGUACAAUAUAAUUGGUUGGCUACAAGAGGUGUUAAUGAAGCUUCCAUUUUAUGUUCUUUGCCUUUGGAUCUUCGUCGUGAAGUUCAACGUCAUCUUUGCCUUAAUCUUGUUCGACGUGUACCCUUUUUCUCAAAAAUGGAUGAGCAAUUGCUAGAUGCAAUAUGUGAGCGUCUAGUGGCAACCCUAAGCACACAAGGAACCUAUAUCUUCAUAGAAGAUGAUCCAGUUGAUGAAAUGCUUUUUAUCAUAAGAGGGCAAUUAGAAAGCUCAACAACAUGUGGUGGAAGAUCAGGAUUUUUCAAUUCUAUAACCUUAAGACCUGGUGAUUUCUGUGGAGAAGAACUAUUAACAUGGGCUUUACUACCCAAUUCUAAUCUCAAUCUUCCUCCUUCAACAAGAACUGUUAAAGCUCUUACUGAAGUCGAAGCUUUCGCUCUUGGAUUUGAAGAUCUUCGGUUUUUUUCCACACAAUUUAAACGUCUCCACAGUAAGGCGUUACAAGAUGCUUUUAGGUAUAACUCACAUCAAUGGAGAAUGUGGGGUGCUUGUUAUAUUCAAUCUGCUUGGAGAAGGUUUAGGAAGAGAAAGAUGGAAAAGGAAUUGGCUUUACAAGAAACACUGUCAUUAACUUGGUGUGAGGAUGAUAAUGGAACAAGUUAUGAAGGUGGAUGUGAUAAUAAUAUUCCUCCCAAACAUGACUCUAAUAAAACACAACAUCUUGGAGCAACAUUGCUUGCUUCUGAGUUUGCUACAAAUACUAAAAAUGUACAUUCAGCUGAAUCUUCUACAAAACAUGAUUUGAAGAUGCCAAAGUUGUUUAAACCUGACACGCCUGAUUUUUCUUAAUCAUAAACAAUGUUACAUAAGUCGUUAAUCUUGUUGGGAAUCAUGAAUCGAAAAAGUAAAUUAGAAAUAUUUUGGACUAUAGUAUUUGUUGUUUAGUUGGUAGCUAUGUGUUAUAUGUACAAACAUGUUCACUAAAAAUCAU